AAUUUAAUCCGACUUCCGCUUCGGUGCAAGGUCUCCCUCACCUCUGGCUCCACUAUUUAAACCCAUUGGAUCGGUCUGAUCAGCCUCCUCAUUAUUCUCUCUCUGUAAUUUCUUCCAAAGCUUGCGUUCGAAUCUCUCUCUCUUUCUCUCUCUCUUUCUCUCUCGGUUCGAGCUCAUCAGGUCUAUGAUCAUGGGUUCAAAUUCAGUUGUGGAUAUGAUAGAGGCCUCCUCAGGGGUUCAUUUUUCUGGAUUUCAUAUGGAUGGCUUAGAGCAAAGACAGAAGGUGGAGCAACCGACAACCUCAGCACAUGAAAACAUGCAUAAGCAGCCUUUUGUUAUUGGGGUUGCUGGCGGGGCAGCUUCUGGUAAGACGACAGUUUGUGAUAUGAUUAUACAGCAGCUUCAUGAUCAGCGGGUUGUUCUUGUUAACCAGGAUUCUUUUUAUCAUAAUCUGACUGAGGAGGAACUUAAACGAGUACAUGAAUACAACUUUGACCAUCCUGAUGCAUUCGACACUGAGAAACUAUUAUCUUCGAUGGAUAAGUUGAAGCAUGGACAAGCAGUAGAUAUUCCAAAUUAUGAUUUCAAAAGUUACAAAAAUAGCGUGUUUCCAGCGAGAAGGGUAAACCCUUCAGAUGUCAUUAUUUUGGAAGGCAUUCUUGUUUUCCAUGAUCCACGUGUUCGAGAGUUGAUGAAUAUGAAGAUAUUUGUUGAUACAGAUGCUGAUGUUCGGUUGGCUAGGAGGAUAAGGCGUGAUACAGUUGAAAAGGGAAGGGAUAUUGGUACUGUUCUUGAUCAGUACUCAAAUUUUGUUAAGCCUGCUUUUGAUGACUUUAUUCUUCCAACGAAGAAGUAUGCUGAUAUCAUAAUUCCUCGUGGUGGAGAUAAUCACAUAGCCGUUGAUUUGAUUGUACAACAUAUUCGUACUAAGCUUGGUCAACAUGACCUUUGUAAAAUAUAUCCAAACUUAUAUGUCAUUCACUCAACCUUUCAGAUACGGGGCAUGCAUACCCUCAUACGCGAUGCUCAAACAACAAAGCAUGAUUUUGUUUUCUAUUCUGACAGGUUGAUUCGUUUGGUUGUUGAACAUGGCCUGGGACAUCUACCAUUUACUGAAAAGCAGGUGAUCACUCCAACUGGGUCUGUGUAUAUUGGUGUGGAUUUCUGUAAGAGGUUAUGUGGCGUAUCUAUCAUUAGGAGUGGCGAGAGCAUGGAGAAUGCUUUGCGAGCAUGUUGUAAAGGUAUCAAGAUUGGAAAGAUUCUUAUUCAUAGAGAAGGGGACAAUGGUCAGCAGCUGAUUUAUGAAAAACUACCCAACGACAUUUCAGAGAGGCAUGUAUUACUGUUGGAUCCUAUCCUGGGCACAGGGAAUUCGGCUGUUCAAGCUAUUUCUCUACUCUUAAAGAAGGGCGUACCAGAGUCCAACAUUAUAUUUCUGAAUCUCAUAUCUGCACCUCAAGGUGUGCAUAUGGUUUGCAAACGCUUCCCCAGAAUAAAGAUUGUGACAUCUGAGAUUGAAAGUGGUCUCAAUGAAGAUUUUCGUGUCGUACCUGGAAUGGGUGAGUUUGGGGACCGAUAUUUUGGAACUGAUGACGAUGAUCAACAAGUGGUAUCUCCUUCGGUGUAAUUCCCAAAAAAACUGCUAGUUGGUCCAACCCCUUAUCAAUUUGGAGUUAUUUUCAGCAAUGAUGGAAAGUCAGCUCAACUUGGCUUGACUAGUGUUGUGCUGGGUUCUACAUUUCAGUGUUGAAAAAAUUUUGACUUUAUCAAAUCUAGAACAAUCAUCCUUCGAAUCUUUCAUAUUUUUCUUUUCAAUUAUUGGCAUAUAGGGUUUUUCUUCUUUCUCAAAUGAUGUUUCUUGCAUUUCGAUGAUACCGUAUAAAGGGUUGGACGACGAGUUGUCAUAGCAGGCAGUGAGUGUGACUAGAUAGUCUCUUUGAAACUUGCUUUGCAUUUGCAUUUGCAUGGCUUAGAGGGAAGCAAUUUACUGGCAAAUGAAUUGUCUCCCCAUGAUAUGUAUUAUGAACCAGGACAUUUACUCUCAUUAUGACAAUAUUUUUUGUUUCACAA